AUGGCCAAACUAUAUGGAGCAGCGCUGUGCUUCUACGAGCCAUACGAUGUUACCCGUCUUGACAAUGAUAAAUGCUAUCGCCUCAGCAUUGAUCCAGAGCUAGCAUUGGCCCUGCGUCACCGUAACUGCUUUCGUAGUCGGGCAAAUGAACCUGAUAGUUCUGGCGUUGUUUCACCGCCCGAUUUGCCUCAAGGCCAGGUGAAAAAUGUCGGCAUUCGGGAUACUUUAGAAGAGGAGGUGCCAGGUGAGGAAAAUGGCGAAGAAGAAAAGAAUGAGUGCAUGAAUCCAGCUUCUUUCGAUUUCAAUCAGAAUCGACUAGGACACUUCAGCCAGUCGCGGGUUGGUGACCGAGUGAUAGGUGUCACUAAGUCGAUCUGUCUUCUCUCUAGAUGGUCUUUCUCAGAUGCCUUCCGCCAAUUUCUUCUUUUUCUUUAUGAACGUUGUCUUCUUCCAUUAACGAACGUCUCGAAUUGCGUCUUUGAUGCCAGCCUUUUUGCUCUGACAAGUGGUCCGUCUUUGACGCCGUCAAUGCCACCUUUGGAGCGGUAA